CAGACACUAACUUACCGCAACCUACCGCCCGGGACCCGACAAUGAGGAGGAUCGCGCUGCAACUUACAGACUAGAGUCAGCCGAUCGCCAAAACUUACCAACUUACCGUUGCAUGCAUUACCUACCGGCUCAGCCCUAGGAGAUCAGCCGCCCGUCCCCCUCUGCUCAGCAUGCACCGUGCAUCCAUCCCCGGCUUAGUAUGGUGAAUAUUAUGGGUGAUUAAUGCAGGUCUUUUGGUUCCAGUGUUCAGCCCUCCAGAAGAAGAAACAAACAUUCUAAUGACUAGACCCACGGAGAAGUAUGGAUUUGACUAAUAUGGGUUUGAUACAGUUGCAAAACCCCAAUCACCCCACGGGCCUUCUCCUGAAAGCCAACCAAAUGCGGUUGGCUGGGACACUCUGUGAUGUGGUGAUCAUGGUGGAUACUCAAGAGUUUCAUGCCCAUAGGACAGUAUUGGCUUGUACUAGUAAGAUGUUUGAAAUCCUUUUCCACCGUAGCAGCCAACAUUACACUUUGGACUUUCUUUCGCCAAAGACUUUUCAACAGAUUUUGGAGUAUGCUUACACUGCCACUCUGCAGGCUAAGGUGGAAGAUUUGGAUGACCUUCUGUAUGCUGCAGAAAUUCUAGAAAUCGAGUAUCUAGAGGAGCAGUGUUUGAAGAUCUUAGAAACUAUACAAGCUUCAGAAGAGAAUGAUGGCGAACUUAGUACAGGUGAGAAGGCCAUGGAUGAUGAAGAAGAUAGAAAGUCAAGAUAUAUAAAAAAUAUGUUAAAUGCAAAGCAUUCCAGUGAAGAGAGUGGUUAUUCCAGUAUGGGUAAUCAAAGCCUGGUGGAUCAAAGUCCAUCAGUGUCAACGUCUUAUGGACUUUCGGGCAUGAGCCCAACCAAGACUGCUGUGGACAGCUUAAUGACUAUUGGCCAGUCGUUGCUUCAAGGAGCACUGCAACAAAAUGCACUAGAUUUGCACUCCACGAGCAGACUUAAAAGUCUGUCUGAAGUGAAAACAGAAGUCAUGCAGGUGGAUGAAGUGUCUAACCAAAACAGCCCAACCGCAGAAACCAGUGGAUCUGGUGGAGAUAAGUCUGAUGAUAAAAGCAAGGAGAGCCCAGGAACCCCAACCCGCAGUAGUGUUAUCACAAGUGCUCGUGAUCUUUCCUUUAAUCGUGAUGAAAAUGCUCCUGAACAAGCUCUUGAGUUAGGUCAAGGCUUCAGCUUUGGGCAAGAGCAUGCCAUUUCCCAUGCAGAGAAACAGCUUAGCGUGUACUCCGUCCUCCCAAAUCAUAAGGGUGAGACGAUGAUUAGUGUGCCAACGUCCAUGGCCUCUGCUCUUCACAUGCAGCCAGCCCUAGCCGUAUCAAUGGACUUUAGUGCUUAUGGAGGACUUCUACCACAAGGCUUCAUUCAGCGAGAGCUGUUCAGCAAAUUAGGUGAAAUUGCGGCUGGGAUGAAGAAUGACGGUAGAAACAUCGGUGAACGAUGCAGUGUGUGCGGUGCCAACCUUCCAGACAAUGAAUCCAUAGAACAUCACCGGAAACUUCACAGUGGCAUGAAGACAUAUGGCUGUGAGCUGUGUGGGAAGAGGUUCCUGGACAGUUUAAGGCUUCGAAUGCACUUGUUGGCUCAUUCAGCUGGAGCCAAAGGAUUUGUGUGUGAGCAGUGUGGAGCACAGUUCUCGAAGGAAGAUGCAUAUGAUGCUCAUCGGCGGACACACAAUGGCUCCGAUAUGGCUGUGUUCUGUCUCCUAUGCGGGAAACGUUUUCAGACUCAGAUCGCACUCCAACAGCACAUGGAGGUCCAUGCUGGAGUGAGAAGCUACAUCUGUAGUGAGUGCAACAGGACUUUUCCCAGCCAUACUGCACUCAAACGCCAUCUCCGCUCACACACAGGUGACCAUCCAUAUGAGUGUGAGUUCUGUGGUAGCUGUUUCCGGGAUGAGAGUACGCUGAAGGGCCACAAGCGUAUCCAUACAGGGGAGAAGCCCUAUGAGUGUAAUGGCUGCGGGAAAAAGUUCAGUCUCAAGCACCAACUGGAAACACAUUACAGAGUUCAUACAGGCGAGAAACCUUUUGAGUGCAAGUUGUGCCACCAGCGCUCUCGGGAUUAUUCUGCUAUGAUAAAACAUCUCCGGACCCACAACGGAGCCUCACCUUAUCAAUGUACCAUCUGCCUCGAAUACUGUCCCAGCCUAUCUGCCAUGCAGAAGCACAUGAAGAGUCACAAACCUGAGGAUAUCCCUGCCGACUGGAGAAUUGAAAAGACCUACUUGUAUUUGUGUUAUGUGUAGUAAAAUAAAUUCAUGUUUGUCGGAGAGAUGAAACAGUAAUAUGGGGAGAGCUGAGCAAUACAGACAUGUUGAAAACCCACUUUAAAGCAAAGAAAUCAAACACAUCCUCCCCCUUUUUGGCCUUCUCAUGGGAACUUUUGCUGCUUUUCCUUUUUGGAUUUGAAUGUGUGCUCCAUGAUAAGAUUAAAUAAUCUUGCACAUGGCAUUAAUCUAUCCCAGUUUCAAAAUAUUUUGCAAUAUUUGAAGAACAUGUCAUUGUUUGGAGAAGUAACUUGUGUAUAAAAGAUUUUCUCCAUGACUACAAAGUCCUUAUGCACAUGUGCAUUGGGCAAAAUAUGUUCUGUCUGUUACUGCUGGUGAGGGGAUAUUCACCAAUACUAAAUCUGUAAUCUUUUAGGUACUGAUGGAGAGUGUGUAUCUACCAUUUUGGGGGUCACUUUGAUUUCAAAUUGGUCAUCCGUAGGUCUUUGAGAUGAUUCCAAUGCCAUCCAAAGACCUGUUUAGAGACUUCAAAAUUGAAAUAUACAUAAACCUUUGUUUAAUACUCCUUGGAUCCAGCUGUGGUAAUGUAAAUGUCCUAGCCAAGUAAGCUGGAUUGUUUAAGAAAGUAUCCUGCUCUAGUGUGGAGCAUAACUUGUAAUACCAUCCGGUAUUCAUUUAUUUUUAUUUUUUUGUAGCACUGAAGGGGUUUGGAACCUCAAAUUAUAAGUUUUGUCUUCAAUUUUUUUAGUCCACUGCUAGUCUCUUUUUACAGUGCAGUCCGUAUGUAUGCAACAAUGUCAUUCCCUAAGCUCUGUCAAAGUACAGUAAAAGAGUCAGUGACUUGCUGUGGUGUCUAAUAAAAUUUUUGAAGUGGAGCACUUUGGAAAAUAUUUACUUUCAUUUGGAAGGAAAAUUAUUGGCAAAGACGGCGACACCAUUUUUGGUGAAUUUAGCUAAACAAAGCUGAUAGAACAUGUUGUCAGCAUGUCUGUACUGACCACAGGUCCGGACCCACUGGUCUAAUGGGUCCGGAGAGAUAUGCAAGGCAGCAGAUAAAGUUCGUUUUGCAUCUGUGGCUAAAAGAAUUGGUUCUAAGAGCAUAAAUGGCAGCCCUUUACCUAUGUAAUAGCCAAGUUAAUGGAUGUGUUUGAUUCAUUUGCUUGUUUCCCCUUUUUUCGCAUCUGAAAAAAAAAAUUCCCAGCAUCCUCUUGUGAGUCAGUAUGUUUUCACAGAGGUCAAAUUUAAUAGGGGCUGCUUCUAUGUACAUAGUCUGUUUAAUUUUCUUUAGCACAUUGUACUUGAAUAUUUUUUUUUUCUUCUUUUUGAUGACCUCAUGUUUACCAGUGCCUAAUGUAAGGCAUUUUGUUUCCAUAAGACACAUUGUAGGAAAGGAAUGUGCCAAAUACAAAGUGGGCAGGAUGAAACAAUGUGUCUUCUUUUUUUUUUUUUUUUUUUUCUGUACCAAAUAUGGUAUUCAAUCUAGGGUUGACACAGCCCUUUUGCGUAAUGCUUGGGCUUUUUUUUUUUUUCAUUCAUAAAAGCUACCUCUUAACCUGUGUGCUGCAAGAGGUGCCUACAACACAUGUAACCAUGCUUUAUAGGUCCCUCUGACAGCGAAUGGGUUAAUAUAUUUUAUUUUUUUUAUUGUUAUUGCCGUUCAAUGUUAAUCUUAUGUUAUGCUUAAAUGCUAUCAUUGUUUUCAUCUCAUUUUUAUUUCUUGCUGUUUUUUGUGAUUUAAGCUGCAUUUAUAUAUAAAAAGAAAUAUAAUUGGUUUAGGGGAAUAAUAUGGUAGAUAGCCUUAUUGGGGGGGGGGGGGAAGCAGAGGAGACAUUUUAACCUUCUUUACUGCAGAGUGGUCUUCCUAUUUUGACCGCUGUUGUACAAAGGGCUAAGAUACUGCUGUUGUCUUUUGCCAUUUGAAAUGCCAAGAGCCACUUUUGGGCUUGUUCAGUAAGACACUGGGAAGAGCAAGAUAGACAUGUAAGGUGUAGUGACCUUCAGUGGCCCAUCAGAUUUGCAGUAGGCUCUACUGAAAGGUGAUUUCUGAUUGGUUGCUGCAAGUUUGUACACUUGGCACAUCCCAUUGUGCUUUGCAUCCUCUUACUGAAAAAGUGAGUGUGAUUGGUUCAAAUGGCUCCCCAUAUUAGAGACAUUUUAUUGUAGCUCUAAGGGGUAGCAGGAGGGUGAGUGAAGGAUCUGUGGUUUAAACUUGAAUUUGUGAAUAGAAAAUUUAGUUUUUUUGUUUUGUUCAAAAUUCAUAAUGUGAAGGUGAUUAAAGUAUUAAAAUUUCUUGGCAGAUAUACAUUAUAUAUAUUUUUUUGCAGUAUGUACCAAUGCAGACUCAUACAGUAACAGAUGAAUGCCAGCCAAAAUCUUCAAGGCAAAAUGCUUGAUGGAUUUCCUCAUCAUACACAGGGGAUAAGGGAUUAAAGUUGAUCCAGAAAAGCAAAUGGCAACCACCUUGUAUCUAUCCCUUCCCUGAGGUUCUGCUCUGAACUUUCUCCUCCUCACACAUGAAAAAUAAACAUUACAAGGGGCAGGACAAAUAUUUGCAAAGUUGUGAUAUUUUUGUAAUAUUUGUUAGUCUUUUUGUCAGUUUUGGCCCUAUAUAUAUUUUUUUGUAACGUGAACAGGACUCUGUGUGUAUGUGUACGCGUGUAUGCACGCCUGGUCAAGAAGUACCUUGCGUGCUCAGUUGUAUUGAAAGUCAUACAGUAUUGUGCUUAAUCAGAGACUCUGCUUCUGCUGGUGUGGGAAUGUAAACACUGCUUACGCUUUUUGGUGUAUUGUCUCCUCAAAUUUUUACUGGACUUUCUAAAACGUUAAUUUUGUUUUUCCCCAUUCUGUCUGUAAAGCAAAAUUUAUAGAUUUCAUGUAAAAUGGAGAGACGGCCUGAUUCUAAAGUCCUAUUUUAAAGCACUAUGUUUUGUACCUUGAAACCCAAGAAGAAAAAUUGGUUAAAAAAAAAAAGUGAAAAUAUACUGAGAACAUUUUGUUGGCCUAUCUGAUAUAAGGAACGGUAAAGAAGCAGCUGAAGAAACUCAUUGCUGCAAUAAUCAAAAUCCCACAUUAUGUACUGGGUUUUAAGACCAAUCUUGAGGCACUGGUCACAUGGGGCUGCUGCAGGAAGAUAUGCUAACUGCAAUGUUUCUUCUGGACCAGUCACUCAAUUUUAGUUUUUAUAACCGUUUUCAUGUACUUUUUUGUUUUUCUCCUAUAUCAUAAAGGCAACAUUUUUUUAAAUAUUUUUGACUUUUAUUUUUCAGUAUACAUCUGCUUCUAUAUUGGACAAAAACAUAUUAAAUACUCCAUCUUUCUAAUUAAUUUGAUAUUGUAAAGCAGGGCACUGAAAUAAUUUGCUGUGUUUAGUAGUGUGCAUUGCCCCUCUAGUUCCUGAUUCGUAUAAAUUGUAGUCAUUAAAAAAGGUUAAAAAAAAAAAAACAGUUGUUGCGUGUGAAAGUUAAACAGCUCAACUCCAGCCAAAACUUUUUGGGCUAUCCCUGUUGUGCAAAUUUCAUUUCCUUCCUCUUUUGCCGACUAACGGAACUGCUGCAGGCUGAAAUUCCUUGUUUCAACCUCUAAAGAUUGUGUUUGUUUUUUUUGUUUUUUUGUUUCAUUGGUUUGGGUAAACUUUUUCCCCUGUCCAAAUACUUUUUCUAGGAAAGAUAGCCUGGCCAAAAGUGUUUGCAAAGGUUAUCCAAUUGGUCAGAAUCGUCCUCAAAUAUCCUAUUUUUCAGAAAGGUGGAUUUUUGUUUUUUAUAACUUGGAUCCUAUGUCCACUAAUUCAAGUCAGUAUUAUACUGUACAUUUUGCAACAUUAACAAUUAUAAUAAUGCCAUUUUAAGGCUGUCGCAUCACUAUCCACAGCAGAUUAGUGUAACUUUGCUUUAUGUACCAAGUUAUUAAACAGACUCGAUAUGGAGCAUUUAUCAGUGCUGAAAGAUCAUGAAUUGCAUUAAUUUGUAAUCUGUUUGAAAUCCCAGAUCUCUUCAUUUAACCUCAAACCGUAACGUAGUGUUUUCUGUUCUUAUCAAUGCCAGCUGUAUGUUGACAGAGAAAAGGCUACUUUAUUCUUUGUGCCUCAACAUUUUUGUAUUCUAAUUAAAAAAAAAAAAAAGUAAAGAAAAAAAAUAAAGCAGCAAUGGUGUCGGCUACAAAAUAUGUAUGUAUAAAAAGUCUGCUGCAGUAUAUCAUUAUUGUUCUGCUUGUAAAAGAAAAAAAAAGCAGCAUUUUUUGGAUUUAUGCCAGGAGUGGCUAGUUGCUAAUGUUUCAGUAGUCAUACAUGCUAAUAGACCAACCAAAACUUUAAAAUUUAAAAAAAAAUGUGACUGCUCCCAAAAUUUAGGGAGACUCUACUUGUAGAAUAGGCUAAUAUCCACUUCUUGGUGUAUGCUGUUUUUGAUGUCUGUUAUUGGCCCGUCCAAGCAAUGACUACUUAUUCUUGCUUGCAUAACAUUUAAUAUUUCAUUCCUGGUAAUUGGUCUGUUUCUAAAACCUAAUUUAAAGGAUGACAAAAAUUAUGUAACCUAACCUAAAAAGGAGUAUCAAAAAUGCAAAAAGUAUGACAAUAAUGCCUUAUUCAGUUGAAAGGCUAUAUAGGCGAAAGCCAAUUUUGUAAGUUACUGGGCAGAAAGUAGCACUAAAGGCCCAUACACACAAUUGGACUUUUCAACAACGGUCCGACGGAUGUGUUUUAUCGGACAAACCGACCUUCUGUAUGCUCCAUCGGACAAUUGUUGUUCAAGAUAGAAGUCGCAAGCAUACACCAGGAAGGUAAUGCGCACAACAGACACUGCUCUUUAUAAACAAGGAAUUGUAUUGUAAUUUUUGCUGCAGAACUUAACUAAUAACUGAUUAUCUCAACUACUACAGUUGUUGAUCCUAGUCCUUUAUCAAAUUUCUAAAUCUAUUUAGACAAGCUGUUCAAUUGACUCAGUUUACAUUACCCAUGGUGCCACCCCUGGUCAGUCCAAAGGAUUUUGUCUGCUCUAUUGUCUUUGCUGUACUUCUCAUGAUGUGUUUUGCAUGUGCUCUGCUCUAGAAGGGGCCUGGUUAGACAGCAAAAUAAUCUGUCCAUAUAUAUUUUAUGUGCACAAUUAUUGUAGCAUUAUGGACCAACUGCCAUGAGGGACCUAGCAAAAUGACUUCCUUUGCCCUCCCCUGUUUUCUAAUCAUUUUUUGUUUUUGUUUUGUGUUGUUUUUGUUUUUUACAUUAUUUUUUUCUGACUCUUUCUUCUGCUUGCCUCCGUGUUAUAACAGCACAAGUGCCAGUCGCAAUUGCUGUCAGAAGUAAAUGAAUAGAAGUCAAGAAAAAAAAAUAAUAAAAUAUAUAGUGUUUUAUCAAUGGGUUUUGACCAUUUUUUUGCUGGUUGGUUUGGCAUUUUUGUCUACCCGACCUGCAUCAAAAUGAUUAAAUGUUAAGUCUACCUCAGCACCCUCUGCCUAAGUUUAUUGGGUGCCUACUGGUUAUGUUGCCUACAAUAUAUUUUUUUCCUUUCUCUUCUGUAUGUUCCCUGUCUUUUUUUUUUCCAGCCUUUUAUUCUUUAUUAUAUGUUUUAUUUUUAACAAAACAGUGGCUCAUGUAAGGUGUAAAACAAAUAUAACCAUAAAGCCAGAUUUUGCUGCAGAGUAAAAUAGAUUUGCCUACUUGGUCUGUAGUGUGGUGUUCCAUAUUGAGUACAACCCAUUGAAAGAGGCUUAUGUAAUUAUAGUUGCUGUAAACCAAUGCUUAGUUGUGCAGCUUAUACUGAGUACUAAAUUUAUUGUUUUUACUACCCACGUGUUCUCUUCUCUCCCUUUUUUAUAUCCUUGGGCUUCGGCAUCCAUUUGGUUUCAUUUGGAAGCCAUGCAAAGAAUCUUGAUUGUCCUAUGGUACCAAUAGACCUAAACAUUUAAUAAAGAGCUGUGAAGGUAUUGCCCAAUCAAUCAUAUUCCAUCAUUAUGUGCUUUAAAAGCUAAUAGAGUAGCUAGGUGCACACAUUACUUGUUCACCCACUUUCCAAAAUAUAAACAAUUCUGGUCAAGUAGGUCAGUUGGCCUAUAUGAUUUAGUUAGUGUAAUGGUUUUUGUAUUGGGGAAUUUCUCCUAUCGGAUGAGCAAUGAAUCUCAUUUUUUCGGUUGUAUAGUACUUCAGUUGCCUUCAAUAUAUUGGAAUUUUAUGUAAUUUAUUAAAUUCAUAAAAGUGAUUAAGAACAAGUUUUAUUGGGAGUGAAGGCUUGCGGGAAGAAGGGAAUACUAAUGGGAGGGCCCAGUAUUGGGGUGAUGGCGUUGCCCUUGCAUUAUAAGCACAAAUUUGAACACCCUUGUUGUCAUACAUGUUCCUAAUUUUAGGAAGAUCACAGCCAGUCCUGUGUGUCAUCAGAAUGCAGUAUUGAAGCCCUAUUUCUGCAUUCAUACAAAUUUGUUGUUGCCGUGGAUAAACGAAUGAAUACUUUUGUUAUGAAGGGUGAGCUGUAGUUUGUACAAGUAUUCAUUUUGCUUAAGUGGCCUUUUAAAGUAGCCAUUUGAUUAGCUUAUAUAUAAUACACUUCUGACUUGGCAUGGAUUCUCUCAUAUUUGAUUUGGAAUAAAAAGCUACUGAAGAGAGAACCUACAUCAGCCUUAACUUUUAAUUAUUUUUUUAGUUUGCGUUUAUUAAUUUCUCUUGUCAUAAUGUAUGUAUGAUUCUAUCAUUAAAGUACAUCAGAAAAAGACACUGGAUGACGGUUUGAGAAUCUCUAGAAGUUUAUUUAAAACCCCUAUGGAGAAGAAAAACAUUUGUAGUUGCCCCAAUGCCCUGUUAUGUCUGGUUGUUAACCAUGGCUAUCAAAUAUAGAGCAUUUAUAUGUCCGACAACAAAGGAUUCAUUGGCGACUUGGUAUAUUCAUGAACCUCCAUGUUAUUGAGGCUCUCUUAACUGAUCAAUCUGUACCCAGUUUGCUUGUAAAUUAAUGUGACAUAUUAAAACAACCAGGAAUUAUUGCUGACCAAUCAAUUUGAAAUAUGAAUUUUAAAACCCCCAGCACGAGCAACAGCCUUGUAGCCUUAAACACAUGUGAUGGGCUUUGUUUCAGGUACAAAUUUGUACUUCAUUCUUUGGGAGUCCCAAUGGUUAUAGGUCAUUUUGUGAUUCAAAUGUUCCAGUGUCACAUUGUUGGUAGUUGAGGGUGGUAAUAAGGCUGGAGUUACCCAGUGUUCAGAUCUAUGUGUAGUAUGUAUUGCCCGUUUUGAAUAAUUCACACAUAUAGUUGUAAAUGCUGAGUUCCAUUUUGCUUUAGAAAACAGCACUGUGAUAUUUGUUUUUGAUAGAAACUAAUUUGUAUCUUGAGUGUGGCAAAACCUAGCUUAUGUUAAUUUUAUUUCAAGCUAAAGGACAUAGCCAAAACCUUAAUGAGCUUCUGCCUUUCUUGUUUUCGUAUUGCUUUUUGUUAACUUUUUAUUUCUGUUUUUAUUACUUUUUUUUUUUGUUUUUGUUUUUUGCUGCGCAGACGCAGUAAUCUCAAGAGGGCAUAGCUACAUUACUGACUCUCUCCCUCUCUGUGCCACUUUCCCUCGCCAUGCUGUGUAGACGAGCAUCUCUUUGUAACUACGGUGUUUCUCAUUCUCUCUUCUUUGGGUUUUGUUGUUUUUCAUUUUGAUAGAGAAAAAAAAUUUGAAUAAAAUGCUGCAGGAUUUUUUUUUCUCUCUACAUUGUCACUAAGUGAAGUUUGUGCCUUGUAUAGCAAAGAAAAUAUUUUUUACAUCCUACUAACAGUAAAAUAAAUUUUUUUGUAGUGAACAUUUUUUGUAUUUUUAUUUAUAAGUCUCAUAAAAAAACAAAAAUAGCAAAUGUUUGGUUGUAUACCUUAAAUCUGCAGUUAGAAUAAAGUUAAUUCCACUGUCA